ACUUCCGACGGAUUUAAUUUUUUUCACUCUUUUUGUGAAACUGUUGUCGUUUUUGUUUUAAGUAUUACUUUGGUUUAGUCUCACGUUUUGACUGAUUUCCUUCGCUCUGACUUUGAGGAGCACACACCGGCAACGAUAACAACAAGGUCACUGAGAGAUCCGAGCAGCGUCAUGUCUGCAGAACUGGACCUGUCCCCUCCAGAGGUCCCCGAACCCACCUUUUUGGAAAGCAUCCUCCGAUAUGGGUUGUUUUUAGGAGCCAUCUUCCAGCUCAUCUGCAUCCUGGCUGUCAUAUUCCCCACGUCCAAGGGCCAUGAGCAGGAGGAGGCCGAGUCCACUGAUGGUAAGACUGUGGAGCAGAUGAAGAAGCCAAAAGGACCAGUGCCUCAAAUUCGACAGAAACCAAAGAAAGAGAGCAAGAAGAAGCGAUAACGCUUUGCUUGUGUGGGGGAGUGGAACCCCAGGGGACUCUGUGGAAGUGGGAGAGUUUGGAUUGCAGAAAGCAACAUUUCAGUUUAUCACUAUUGGUACAUGAAACAAUAUCAUCAUGCAACAAUAAAUUAGAUCAGUUACAUUUGAAACCCGACAGAAUGACCUUUUACUGUGUGUUGCUAACUUUCAACACAGUGUUUAAAAUGGUAUGACAUUUAUUCUCUUUUUUAAAUACAGCUGUGUGUUUUGUUAUGUUUAUUUUGAAUGUAUUCCUUUUUAUAUAUCUGUAUGAUUGAUCAUGCUUCAUUCAGAUGAAAACGGACAAAUAAAAACAUGUC